UGGCAAUAUAGCAAUGUUGUAUAUUACAACUAAAACAAAUCUGGCAACGCUAUCGAUCUUCCUCGUGGAGUUUGUGAAACACGUUGUAGGCGACAUUAUUUUAUUGGAAAAUGCCGCCUAAACAAGAUCAAAAGAAAAAGGAUCCAAAAGUAGGAGCAAAGAAGAAAGAAGGUGGGUCAUCUGGUGGUAAAGCUAAAAAGAAGAAGUGGUCUAAAGGAAAAGUACGUGACAAAUUGAACAACUUGGUUUUGUUUGACAAAGCAACAUAUGAAAAAAUGUUAAAAGAAAUUCCAAGCUAUAAGUUAAUUACUCCAUCUGUUGUGUCAGAUCGUUUGAAGGUUCGAGGCUCAUUAGCUAGAAAAGCUUUGGAAGAAUUGCAGCAGAAAGGACUAAUAAAGCAAGUUGUAAAGCAUCACAGUCAAGUCAUUUACACAAGAGUAACAAAAGAAGACACUUCUUAAAGUAACUGAAUGAUGUAAUAAAAACAUUUUUAUAGACA